AAUCCUGAUGAUUCUAAAUGCUCAGUUCUUAUUUUUAAUGUGUUUUCAGUUUAGUUUAUGGUAGAUUAACAAGUGAUUUAGUGAUUUUAUUUUCAUUUAGAUGAAUUGAAUUUAGCUUGUUUUAGUCUUGGGAACAGUUCUCAAGGUCUUAUGAGGAAACUUUUGAUUUAUAGAGGCUGAAAGUAUGGAUGACAUCAAACAUAAUUUACAAAGCGACUGUUUAUUGAAGGUCCUGCAUUGUACAAAUACAUUUUACUGUUGUUAAACAUGAACCUAUGACGUUUUACUUAAAUGCAAUGAUCCUGGAUAUGAGGAGAUGGAUCGCAGUGUGAUCCGGCUGAGUCACUGUCAGAAGCAGAUCUUCUGUUUUUCUGUUCCUGACGAGUGUCCGAACUGUGGGGAGGAACUGAAGGGGCGGAGGCUGACCGAGGCCCCCGUCAGCCUGCCCUCCCCCCUCAGCAACGGGCACAAGAGCUGCUGCUGCCUCCUCCUGGCUCCAUCAUCCACAAACGAUACCAGGGACUUUGAUGGAACGUCAGAACUUCACACUGGGAUCUCAGACACUAAAGGUGUGGUGUAUAACUACACCCGUUCAGGUGUUCGUAGAGAUGAGUCUGGCUGGGAGAGCUGCGUCAGCAUCCCAUUGGUCAGACCCGACAUGUUCCACCUGUUAGCUCAGUGGGACCAGUACCUGGAGCGGUUCUCUGAUGGACCAAUGUGGGACCCAGCCUGGCACAGGUUCGAUGACGACACCCAUAAUUGCUUCAGUUUCUGUCUUCAGUUCAUUAACGGCGUCCUGGCAGCCGAGGGGCGGAGCUCCAUGAGCAGAGAUGCCUUCACUCACACUUUCAUCCUGCCGAGGAUGAGAAGGGUCUCCAAGUACACGACACUGUACCAGCACAUCAAGAAGGAGAAGUAUUACAUGGUGGACAGACAGGAGGAGGAGCAGGAGGACACAGAGUGAGACAGAUGGGACAAAAAAUCUGAUGAGCCAUCUCAAAAUACUACAUUCCAUUGAGUUUUUACAUCCAAAUCGGUGUUUAUCUGUAAUAACUUGUUCCUGUCAGUCAAGGUGGGGUAGUAUUUGUCUGGAUGAAGGACAUGUGCUUGAUGAGGACACUGGAAUAUUGACUGAAUUUACACAAGGAAAUAAAAACAUACAUGACAUG